AUGACAACUUUAUGCCUUACUUUUCUACGCGGGAGGCUGCCCGCGCAGCUGGAGGCCGAGCUGGUGCACCCGGUGCUCGCCGUGUCCGCGCUGGUCCCCGCCAGCGUGGCGCUGCCGCCGGGCUCCAGUGAGCGGCCGGCGCUGCUCGCCGUCUCCUUCCUCCUCCACGUCGCCUUCCUCCUGUGCCUGCCGUCGCUGGCCGCCAACCUGGAGGGCGACGCCACGCCCCGUGCCCUGCUCGUGUACCGCGACGUCGGGCUGCUGCUCCUGGUGGUGGCUCUCCAAUGGCUGCUGUCGCUGCGCCUCGCUUCCAGGACGAGGCCCCUGUCUUCCUGGUCGCAGUCCGUAGCCAGGGGGCUGUCCAUGCUCAGGACGCUCCUUCUUCUGCCUGUUCUGCCCGUCACCGCGCCCGUUUUCAAUAAGCCGCUCGACGAACAAAGCGUUCAAUUAUCAAAGAUUCUCGAUCGACUAACAUUUUUCGCAGUAUCGGCAAGUUACAUCGCUUUAGUCACCAUCGGCUUACAGUAAUAAAUGAAAAUGUACAUUCGAAUAAAUAAAUUGUCUUGUCUUGUCUCAUAUGUCUCAUCUUGUGUGACCGUCUUUUUCUCUACCCACGGGGCUUUUGUUCGCGACUACCCUCAGCGGAGGACAGCGAAUCACUAUUUACAGGUAAUCGUCGUGGUGCGAAGACACCAACCACAGCUCGGAGCUGAGCGCGCCGA